AUGAGAAAUAUCCAAAUCACGGUGGUCGAAUGUAUGAUUCCACGACUCAUUGAGAGUCCAAGUUAUAGGGCGGGAAUGUCGAUCCUAAGUAAAAAGAAGGCAAAGGGGGAACGAGACAUUCCCAGCUCGACGCUCUCAAUGAGUGGGAGCAUUCAUCAACCAUGGAAAGUGAGCGACUUUCACAGCUACCGCUUCUGCGACGUGUGGGGUGGUACGAAUGAAGAAGCGACUGAGAAGGUCCAUGCCUUCUUUGAGACGGACUACUUUAGAGAGGGUUUAGAGCCGGUCGCUGGUGCAAGGGAAGUGCUUUACAAAUAUGCUGAAAAGUACAAGGAAGCAGUCGAAUUCCACAUCGUGACGAGUAGACAGCACGUUAUCUUACAGGAGACCCAUAAUUGGGUCAACCGGCAUUUUGGAAAGGACUUGUUUGCCAGCAUCCUAGCGGGAAAUCACUGGACAAGAGAAAACACAGGUUAUGAGAAACAGUAUCAAUCAAAAAGCUGUUGGAACUUAUUGAUACUCACGCUUCGCGAAUAGUGAAUGUUCAUGUCAUACUUAGCUAAUAGCAGGAUGCUGGUCGUGAUUUUUCUUUUAUUUGUGAAUUAUCUUUUUCUUUAUCUACCCGUUGUUCGUUGUAGCAAAGCUCCUCCUUUGGAAGUCGUGUUGAAAUUAUCUGUGUACCGGCAGCAAUUGUUUCCUUCCAGAAAGCAAAAGGUCUCAAUAUUGAAUCGCUCCUCUCCUUCAUUUUCCGGUCGUCGUGACAAGCACAAGCAGUGACUCAGUUCCAACGAACACAGGAAAGGCCAGGUCGAAGGCUGAAAUGUGUCGUGAAAUCGGUGCCAACGUGCUGAUCGACGACUCGCCAUCCUAUAUAUCAGACUGUCUAGAAAACGCUGGGCCACAGUUUCGAAAAGCGGUUGUUUUUUUAUGAUGCAAGUUUUAGUUUGGAAAACAUCUUGUUCGAAGGCUAGUACAUGUUUAUAUAUAAGUUAAGUAAGGUCUUGGUCUACUUCAUCAACUUCAACAACUAAAUAUAAUAUAUCAUUUGAUGUCAUGAUAUCUCUCUCUCUCUCUGCAUACUAGUAUUAAGGCUACCAAGCGAGCAUCCUCAACAUCAUCCCUGCCUCAUUUUCAAGAGGGAAAUGGAUCCAGGGAUGGUCUCAGGGAUGCACGUUGGUAGCUCUAAUAGUAUCUCUGCUCACUUCCCCUUCUUCUAACACUCGGAGACUACGGUUGGAAUACGAAGUUCGACAUCGGACCUUUUGAGAAAGAAGGUAAAGCGGUUCGUUGUAGUGAUUGGCAGGCUGUUGAUCGAGUACUGGAGAGUAUGCUAGGACGAGAGGAGAAGGCUGACUAA